CUCUACUUCAAGCUUCUUCAACGAUGGUUUCAACACAAGACAAACGCAAGAACCCUGGGGCCUGAAGCAAAUGCGCGAAACAAUUUCUACGACUGUCAGUCAACUGAGCCGAAUACCUUGGAAACUAUGCAAUAUCAAUUGCGGGAGGCGAUCAGGGCUUUGCCCUGCUUUGCGGAACAAUUGCCAUUUUCGGGCAAGGUGUUCUUGAAAAAAAACAACGUAAUAAGCCUGAGCACCGCCUGGGGUGGAAGAAUAGAUCGACAAAAAACUGUCUUCCUCUCAACUCUGAUGUGGAAUCGCUCCUACCCGACUAGGACGACCCGGAUUAUCGCCGUUCUCUUCACUGGAACCCUCAUACUGGGGUGGACACUCUACCCCACCGAAAGCUCCAUAUAUUCUCCCGAACUUCCCGCCCCAGAACCUUUGCCUUCAGCGUCAGUGCUUACCGCAGACGAGGCCGUUCGAAUAUUAGGCCACCCGACCUUCGGGGAUGUUUGGAACUACGAACGAGCGUUGCCACAGCAUGUCAAGCCCAGCCGCAUAGUAGCGAGCACGAAGGAAAAGGGACCGAGGUAUCUUCGAAUACCCCACUCGUCUUGGGGAACGGGCUGGAAUAAUGUUUUCCAGGAACAACUUUUCAAUGCCCACCUCGCACAUAUGAGCGAUAGAGCUUAUGUGUUCCCUGAAUAUAUCCCCCGCGACCACCCACCAUAUCCUGACACCCUUCCCAAUGGAACGCGGCAUAUGCUUCACAUUCCAAUGAAUACUUUUGUGGCGGGUCCCAUUGGCGGGGGGCCAUUUGCCGAUAACCCUGUGGACGACAAAUUGACAAGGCGGUCAAUUUCGGAGGCAUGGUGGGAUGUCGUCUGCCCUAGAGAGCGAGUCAAAGUCCUCAACGUGUUUGAAGUUCACGGUAGUUUCGGAUACGAUGCGAUCGCGGUCGAGGGCGCGGAGAUUUUGACCAGGUGGUCAAAGAAAUUGAGCGAAAUGGACGACAUGUGCGUGAGCGUAGAGGAGUACUCGAUAUUCCAUUAUGUAUUCAUGGGCGGUCAGUGGGUCACCAGCGCCUGGCCAUCAUAUGGUGCUUCACCGGUUCUUCGCUAUUUCGCUUGGUCUCCACUCGUGACAGCCACACUGUUUCGUAACUUCCAUGCAAUCGCCCCCCACCAAUCAGCGCCUCCCAUAUAUCUGGCUCCUCUCCGCGAGCUGUCGUCUGCCACUGAUGUCAACCCUUUCGAAUACUUCUCUCCGCUACCUGCCUCUUCACUGAAGACACCCAUACCCGGCCUAUUAGGCAUCCAUGUCAGACGUGGCGAUUAUGAAGGCCAUUGCGGCUUCUUGGCCGCCAUCGACUGCCCAUACAAUUCCUGGAAUAACCUGGGAACGCCUGGCCUUAUCGCCAAUGCCAGUCUUGCUGCCCAGCGUUGGCUCGGUUUCGGCGGCAAUGUUGACGAUACGACGGUAUGGCCACGUUUAAACGACCAUUUGGAUAUUCCAGAAGGCAUGACACGCAAGGAAGCUAUCGUCUACCACUGUCUACCUGACGUCAAGCGGAUCGUCCACAAAGCUGCAACAGUCCGAGCGCAGUCGGAGACAAAGAGACUGAAGACGUUGUUCAUUGCUACCAACGGUAACAAGGAAUGGGUCGCAGAGUUGGUACAGGCACUGCGUGCCGAUGGAUGGGAGCACGUUGCAACAUCACUCGACCUUGAAUUGGGAGUUGAGGCGUACGCUGUCAGCCAUGCCGUAGAUAUGGGCAUAUUAACUGCGUUAUCGGAAGAGUUCAUCGGUGUUGGGUUUUCGUCUCUGUCCAGUAAUGUUGCUCAGAUACGCCUUGGCGCUGGCGCUAAUCCGAAAACAAUACAUUUUUGGUGA